GAAACCGAAACGAAACGUCAACCAACAAAGACCGAAACCAAAUUCCUGUACCGUGUGCAGUUUUAUCAUUUUUGUUAUUGUAAAUAAUGGAUUUUGUUCCGUUUUAAAUCGCAUUUGCAAAGUUCCAGUUUGGUUCCUAUGGAAUGAUGUGACUAGUUGUAGGACAGUAGGUGAAAAGUGUCUUGGGUUCUGUGCAGUCUUUUCUAUCUUCAAACAGUUUGACGAAAAAGAAUUUUUGUUUUCGGUUUGUGUGUAUCGUUUGUUAUCGCACCACCAAACCAUCCGGUACACACGGUCGAUCUUCAGCAGCGGGUUUUCGGCGACCAGUUCCUAUGGCAUCUCACAGGGAAAGCAUAAGUAAUAUUCUGCCACCGUUUGUGACCGAAAUCGACAUCAACGAAAUAGAAACUAUCGGGACCGUGGGAAAGGGAACGUUCGGAACCGUGAUCAAGGCGAAGUGGCAGAACAAUUACGUCGCCGUUAAGUUUAUCGAGCUUGAGUCCGAGCGGAAUGCAUUUAUCACCGAGGUUUGUCAGCUGUCGAGAGUGGCCCAUCCGAAUAUCAUCGGACUGUACGGAGCAUGCACCAAGCGGCCAAACGUGUGCCUUGUGAUGGAGUAUGCCGAUGGGGGCUCGCUCCAUUCGGCGCUGCAUUGCAGACCGAAACCGUUCUAUACGGCGGCUCACGCGAUGAGCUGGGCGAGACAGUGUGCGGAGGGUGUUGCAUAUCUGCAUGACAUGACGCCAAAGCCAAUGAUCCACAGAGAUCUGAAGCCCCCGAAUCUGCUGCUGGUUAACAACGGAACGGUGCUCAAAAUCUGUGACUUCGGCACCGUCACGGAUAAGUCCACCCGGAUGACCAACAACAAGGGCAGUGCCGCCUGGAUGGCCCCGGAAGUGUUCGAGGGAUCAACGUACACGGAGAAGUGCGACGUCUUCAGCUGGGGUAUUAUUCUGUGGGAGGUGAUAGCCCGCGAGCAGCCGUUUAAAAAUGUGGAAAAUUCGUACGCAAUUAUGUGGAAGAUGCAUCAGGGGCGCAGGCCCACGCUCAUCGACGAUUGUCCCAAACCGAUCGAACAGCUGAUGAUUAGCUGCUGGAAUCAGAUUCCGGCGGAGAGGCCGGCGAUGCAGGAGGUGGUGGAAAGGAUGAAUCAGCUGUGUAAGCUGUUUCCCGGCGAGAAUGAACCGAUCGUUUAUCCGGUGGAGUUGGACGAGGAUAAUGAGCAAAGCUCCUACGAGAGCACCCUGGACUCGAACCAAUGCGGCAGCUCAAUAUUCAACUCUAACAUUUCUAGCAAGGGACGCCACAGCACGGUAAUGUCGAACAACACAACCAACAGCACACCGAUGGCGAGCGCCAGCAAUGCCUUCCCGCGUCUAAACACACUCCGUUCCAACGUCGUCACCUCGCCUGCUGCGAACCAUCGGUCCACCAGUAUCGGCCGCAAUGCUUACAGCAGAGGCUCCGAUUAUGGGCGCUAUCAGAUUAGAAACGAUACCACCGCCGGGGGUGUUGGUUCGCAUUACGCUAGAAAUAUUCGACCUGCUCCGGCCGCCCCACUGCAUGGGAACUACGAGCUCGGGGUAAGGAAUGCGGCCCUCCGGAAGUAUAGAGCCAAAUCGCCUCCGCCGCCACUGCAGCAGCAGGAGUCUUCGCUUGGAUUGAUUAAACCGGCUCCUAUUGCUAAAUUUAGUCAUAAUAAUGCUAGUCAUUUGCAAAGUCCCCUCAGCUUGGAGAUCGAUCAGUCCAUGACCUGGAAGACCGUUGACAGCGGAGAGCCUUUAUCGGACCUGGUGGAUAGUUCAUCGAACAACCAAGGAACUGAGAGACUGGUUGUGACCAGAAGAAACAAUGGACCAAUGGAUAACAGCCUACCGUGUGCAGCAGCUCCUUCCGGGGGAGUUACAUCCGGAAAGCUGAGCUCGAGCUCAGCCAACUUCAACACUAGUCAUCACAUCACUUCGACGAGCACGUCAGGAGGACACCCCACGCCUGCCGAUGCUGCUGUCAGCAGUGGCAACACAAAGACUGUUACUUCAACCAGCACAACCACCACCACGAUGGAUGCUGCCCUCGACUAUAAAUCUCUGGACAGUAUUUUGGACGAUAAUUUGCGGCCACUCACACCCCUGCCCGGCAAUCCCCGGUCCGAGCAGAUUCACAAUGAGCACAAGCAGCUUGUGCAGGAGUAUUGGGAGAUCCAAACACAAAUAGUUACCAACCAAGCUCAUCGUGACAGUCUGCAGAUGAACAUGUCGACGGAGGAACUGAGGUUAAAGAAGGAGUACUUGAAGAAGCUCGAAGAAAAAGAAGCCCUGCUCAAAUUUAAGGCCAACCUCCAGAAGCAACUGGACGAACGGAAGCGAGCGGCCUGCGGCGGUCAGCUGCACGUCCCCGGAUCGUCCCAGCAUCAACAGAACCAGUUGCAGCAAUCCACACCGGCACCGCUUACCAGCCUCACCCGACAGGAUUCAACAUCCGAAGCGGGUUGGGUGAUAAUAACCCCGGAGGAGGGUGCCACCGGGAACAAUCCAAGCUGAAACGUUUGAGUUGUUCCCCGACAAUAGAUUUUGUGAUAACAACACGACCACGGAGACAGUAUUUCGCUGUGCUGUGGAAUCCAAGUGCCAUAGCGGAUCGCAUAUCCGUGUCUGCCCUCCGUCGAGGUGCAGUGGGUACUCAAGCCCAAGUGAUGAUGUGUUUCUUUCAAACACGCAGCAUAUUUUUUCCCCCGAUGCAUCGUAGGUUACACCGAAUCAGAUCACGUAGAAUUGUUGUAUUGUUUUUGUAUAUAGGUAUGUAGGGUUAAGUAUAUACGAUUUAUUUUCAUCGGAAUUGUGGUGCAAUAAAGAUUUUAUUACACUCCCAUUAUUUA